UAAAGAGGCCCGUGCUCGCUGGCUUCUAAGCCUCGUGGAUGACCGACGACGAGCUCGAAGACUACGGAUUCGAAUACUCCGAUGAAGAUCCCGAUGAAGCUGACGUAGAUGCCGAAAACCAGUAUUAUUUCGCGAAAGCUCUGCUGGAAGCAGGAAGUUUUAAAGAUGCAUUUGAUGGUUUCUCGGCAGUAUUAGUUAUGGAAAAGGAGCCAGGCGAGUGGGGUUUCAAGGCUUUGAAACAGAUCGUAAAAUUACACCUAAAGCACGGUGACUAUGAAGAUAUGUUGAUAACUUAUCGCCAGCUGUUGAAGUAUGUCAGUUCUGCAGUUACUCGCAACUACAGUGAGAAGGUUCUCAACUCUAUCAUCGAUGCAGUUAGUGUUUCGCCUAACGCAAUGUUUCGUCAAGAAUUUUAUGAGACUACUCUGUGUACGCUUGAGGAUGAUAAAAAUGCGCGUCUUUGCUUCAAAACUAAUCUGAAGCUUUGUAACCUCUGGCUUUCAAUGAAAGAGUUUGUUCGAGUUGGAAAGUUAAUCAAAAAGCUGCACCAAGCUUGCCUGAAAAACGAUGGGUCUUUUGAUCAGCAAAAGGGAACUCAGAUACUAGAAGUGUAUGCUAUUGAAAUUCAAAUGUAUACGGAGCAAAAGAAUAAUAAGAGACUGAAGGAAACAUAUCUGAGAGCUUUAACUGUCACUUCUGCUAUCCCACACCCUCACAUCCUUGGAAUAAUUCGCGAGUGUGGCGGGAAAAUGCAUAUGGCAGAACGACAGUGGGGAGAGGCAGCAACAGAUUUCUUUGAAUCUUUUAAGUCCUAUGACGAGGCUGGCCAGUCUCGACGUAUUCAGAGUCUGAAAUACUUAGUUAUUGCGAAUAUGCUGAUGGAGUCUGAUGUGAACCCUUUUGAUGCACAAGAAACACGUUCUUUUCGUUCUGACCCUGAGGUAGUAGUCAUUACUUCAUUAGUUUCCGCAUACCACCGGAAUUCCAUAUCCGACUUUGAAGCGCUGCUCAUCACCAAUAACCAGCACAUCAUAGAGGAUCCAUUUAUUCAUGAUUAUGUCGAGGAGCUUUUGAAGAAUCUUCGAACUCAGGUGCUCUUGAAGCUGAUAAAACCAUACACUCGUGUCCGCUUUUCGGUGAUAUCCUCAGAAUUAAAUAUACCAGAAGUGGACGUGGAAGCAUUAUUGGUAUGUCUUGUUCUUGACAGCCGAGUCGAGGCAGAUAUCGAUCAAACGACACAGACAGUUGCACUUGGAGCCUACAUGCACGCGUGUCGAGGAUCACGAAAUCGAGGCUGGGAAAAGUGGGCUGCAUUUAUAAAAGCUCACACAAGGAUACAAACACUACGAAUCAACUGAAUAUCUAGUUUAUUUUGAGCACAAUGUGGACGUGAUUACUGCGUGGCUCACUUUCUCUUCUCAAUUUCCAAAUCAUCGAAUUAAGUCUCUCUUCGUCAAAGAACAUUCUGACAGUUUCAUUGAAAGCUCCUGUUGUGAAGAGACUCCAGUAGUUGUCUGUUCAAAAGAACGAUUCGGUGAUAAAAAAUGCGAAAGUGCCUGAGUACGAAAGUGCUGUUUCACAUUGUUCCAGUAUGAGGUCUAUGCACAUUCAGGUUUGUUCCGUCGAAAAAAUCAAAGCCUGUAUAGUGGCUCUAUGCCAAGAAUGUGAAAACAUUGCCUUAGCGAUAUAGCUGUAGCUUGGCAGAGAAACGUCCGCGACCUCUCCUGUUCACCGCCUAACACCUGCAAAAAGGAAAAUAUGACCACAGUAUCAGAAAUGAAAUACUAUAAAAACAGUCAGAUACCUUGCAAGAUCCAUAAAAUUCGUUGAACGUCACACAUAGGCUGUACGUGUAGUCACAAAGUCGUGAAGGAAGAAGAUCCUUAUAAUAGUUGACGGUGAGCUCUCAGUCAGG